AUGAGUGAAAUUCACCCAAGGGAGUGUUUGGCUCAAGAACCUUUGCUUAAUGAACAUUUUAAUAUCCUACGUCCUGAUGAAAGUGAGUACACGGUGUCAAGGACGGAGAGGACAGGUGGUGGGAUCAGCAGGACGCUUGGCUGUUUGAAUCAGGAACCUACCGACUCUGCUGUAGACGAAUGCCCGAUUUGCACCGAGCCUUACCACUCCAAGGGUGACCACAGCGUUGUGCUGCUAAACUGUGACCAUACCGUGUGCCAGCGCUGCUUGGCCGUCAUGCUCAAGCGGGCAGCGGACUGCUCUCGAGUACAGUGCCCCCUGUGUCGGCAGAAAACCCCGCUUCUACAGUGGCAGAUUUACAGGCUUCAGGAGGAUAUAACCUUCUGUACAAGUCCUCCAAGCUUGACACCGCAGUCAGAACCAGAAGUCGGUUCAGGGUUCUGUUCGACUCUGGAGCAGUGUUUGCUGGGGCGGGCUGAGACAGCCCGAGUGUGUGGAUGUUUCGAGUAUCCUCGUGGACUCGUACAGGCCAUCCGGGGCAUGCAGAGACGGUGCCGGUGCUGCUAUGUGGCUUUGCUAGUGAUGCUAUAUAUGGUAGAGCUGAGCUUUCUGAUGCUAGUCUUUCUUCCCGUCCUCGUGCUCGUUCUUCUGUUCACUCUCACAACCUAGAAUGAGGACACUGACCCAGAGUGAAGGAAAAGCAAGGCCUUCUGUUGCAGAAUGUGUGAAUUAAUAAACCUAUACAGGCUUGACAAACGCGCUUAAAGGAGCAAUAUGUGAUUUUAGCAUACUACAGCAGCAGUACAACUCGUUUCCACUCCCUCUGUUCAAAACACAUACAUUUUUCUUUGAAUAUGAUCCACUGCCUUAAUCUAGAAUUAAAGUGUAAAUGGGUUAUGAAAUUAAAGCAGCAGUAUGUAAUUUUUAAGCAUGCACUAAUCAUAAUUUUACACUUUAGAGACAAGAAAAUUUGUAAUGUGGUAAAAAAAAAUGUUUUAAAGUGGCAUGUUUUAGAGUUAUGGGGAAGGUAGAGAUGAAAAAUAACACAUUGUUAUUGUUUAACAUAGUUAUUAUGAUGAAUCCAACACAGUAUGAACAGAGACGGGAAAUAACAUGGUAGAAAUUGAAAUCAUUUUGAACGGAGGAUGGGCGGAGUCGGACAGCUUCAUCCGAUAUGGAGGUGGAGCCCAUUUCUGGCCCCUAAAAUCAAUAAAUAAAAGCCAGAAAUGAAAAAAUGUGGCCAUGUUUAUACAAAAGCAGAAUUGUGCGUCACAUAUUCCCUUAAGUAUCUUUAAAUGUAUAUGACAAUUGAAGGUAUAAGAACAUGUUUAGACAUCGCAGACUGCACCUUUAAUUGAAUU